CCCCGGCAGCGCCCGGCCAUGGCCUCCGGCAGCGCCAUCCAGAUCCCCAGCCGCCUGCCGCUGCUGCUCACCCACGAGGGAGUCCUGCUGCCCGGCUCCACCAUGCGCAGCAGCGUGGACUCGCCGCGGAACAUGCAGCUGGUGCGGAGCCGGCUGCUGAAGGGCACCUCGCUGAAGAGCACCAUCAUCGGGGUGAUCCCCAACACCAGUGACCCCGCCUCCGACUGCGACGAGCUGCCCUCGCUGCACAGGAUUGGCACUGCUGCGCUGGCAGUUCAGGUAGUUGGCAGUAACUGGCCUAAACCACAUUACACCUUGCUAAUUACUGGCCUCUGCAGAUUUCAAAUCUUGCAAUUGCUGAAAGAAAAACCAUAUCCCAUUGCUGAGGUUGAACAGUUGGACCGACUUGAACAAUUUACCAACCAGACUAAAUCCGAGGAAGAAUUGGGAGAGCUGUCAGAACAGUUCUACAAAUAUGCAGUACAGCUGGUUGAAAUGUUGGAUAUGUCUGUCCCUGCAGUUGCUAAGCUGAGACGUCUUUUAGACAAUCUGCCUAGAGAAGCUUUACCAGAUGUACUGACUUCGAUCAUCCGCACAACCAACCAAGAAAAGCUGCAGAUUUUAGAUGCUGUUAGCCUGGAGGAGCGAUUCAAGAUGACUAUACCAUUGCUUGUUAGACAGAUUGAAGGCCUGAAGCUGCUUCAAAAAACCAGAAAACCCAAACAGGAUGAUGAUAAAAGGGUUGUAGCUAUUCGUCCAAUUCGGAGGAUCAAUCACAUUCCAGGUAUUGCAGAAGAUGAAGAGGAGGAUGAAGAUCAUGAUGACAUUGUCAUGCUAGAAAAGAAAAUUAGAACAUCCAGUAUGCCAGAGCAAGCUCUUAAAGUUUGUGUAAAAGAAAUAAAAAGAUUAAAGAAAAUGCCUCAAUCAAUGCCAGAAUAUGCCUUGACCAGAAAUUAUUUGGAACUAAUGGUGGAACUUCCAUGGAACAAAAGUACAAAAGAUCGUUUGGAUAUUCGUGCAGCUAGAAUUCUUCUGGACAAUGACCAUUAUGCCAUGGAGAAGUUGAAGAAGAGAGUUUUGGAGUAUUUAGCUGUCAGACAACUUAAAAACAACCUAAAGGGACCCAUCCUUUGUUUUGUGGGUCCCCCUGGAGUUGGUAAAACUAGCGUGGGAAGAUCUGUUGCGAAAACCCUGGGCCGAGAGUUCCAUAGGAUUGCCUUGGGAGGAGUAUGUGAUCAGUCUGACAUGCGAGGUCACAGGCGCACCUAUGUUGGCAGUAUGCCUGGUCGAAUAAUCAAUGGCUUGAAGACUGUUGGGGUUAACAAUCCAGUGUUUCUGUUAGAUGAGGUUGACAAACUGGGGAAGAGCCUGCAGGGAGAUCCUGCAGCUGCUUUGCUUGAGGUCUUGGAUCCAGAACAAAAUCACAGCUUCACUGAUCACUACUUAAAUGUAGCCUUUGACCUAUCCCAAGUCCUUUUUAUAGCCACAGCCAACACUACUGCUACCAUCCCACCAGCUCUGUUGGACAGAAUGGAGGUCAUUCAGGUUCCAGGAUAUACACAAGAAGAGAAGAUAGAAAUUGCACAUAGACACUUGAUCCCUAAACAGCUAGAACAGCAUGGGUUGACUCCUCAGCAGAUUCAGAUUCCACAAGUAACUACCCUGGACAUCAUCACCAGAUACACUAGAGAGGCAGGAGUCCGUUCUUUGGAUCGGAAAUUUGGAGCUAUUUGCAGAGCAGUGGCUGUGAAAGUGGCAGAAGGACACCACAAGGAGACAAAGCCAGAUCGCUCUGAAGUGACUGAAGAAGACUGCAGAGAGCAUGUCGCAGAAGAUGCAAAAACAGAAUCCAUCAGUGACUCACCCGACCUGGCUCUGCCACCUGAAAUGCCAAUAUUAAUUGAUUUCCAUGCCUUAAAAGAUAUCCUGGGGCCACCUAUGUAUGAAAUGGAGGUAUCUGAACGUUUGAAUCAGCCAGGAGUAGCCAUAGGCUUGGCUUGGACUCCUUUAGGAGGUGAGAUCAUGUUUGUAGAAGCCAGCCAAAUGGAUGGAGAAGGUCAGCUUACUCUAACUGGACAGCUGGGGGAUGUCAUGAAGGAGUCAGCACAUCUUGCAAUUAGCUGGCUGCGUAGCAAUGCAAAGAAAUACCAGCUAACUAAUGCUUCUGGAAGUUUUGAUCUCCUUGACAACACCGACAUCCAUCUGCACUUCCCAGCUGGAGCCGUCACAAAAGAUGGACCAUCUGCUGGAGUUACCAUAGUAACCUGUCUUGCCUCACUUUUCAGUGGGCGGCUGGUGCGUUCAGAUGUAGCAAUGACUGGAGAAAUUACACUAAGAGGUCUUGUUCUUCCAGUUGGGGGAAUUAAGGACAAAGUCCUAGCAGCCCAUAGAGCUGGACUGAAGAGAAUUAUCAUUCCUCAAAGAAAUGAAAAAGACCUUGAAGAGAUUGCAGUGAAUGUGCGGCAGGACUUGAAUUUUGUUACAGCAAGCUGCCUGGAUGAAGUUCUGAAUGCAGCUUUCGAUGGGGGAUUUUCAAUCAAGACUGGACUUGAGCGCUUGAAUAGUAAACUUUAAGCGGAUUGGGUGAGGUAUCCUGUACAUCAACAUUAAACACUCAUUCAACUGUCAGAUGGUAAAAAUGUGAUCUACGGUGAUACAAAACAUGAGGGCAACUACUGAGGCCUCACUGUGAUGUGCUGUGUCACCCAUUAAAAGUUAAGGCCUUACUUUCAGUGGGGCCUCAACCCCAGUUCUACUUGACUAUUAAUAAUAGAAAAGUGCACCUGCAACUUUACCAAACAAGUUUUACAUAUGCCAGUUCUAUCAGCAGCAUGUCAGGCAUUAAUGGAGGAGAGUACACAUACCUGCUUGCACACCCAAGCAGAGACCAAGAAUGUGAAGAUUAGGGAUAUAUUUUUCAAAAAAGCACCUAACCCAGUUAAACACUUUUCCUCUAGAUCCUAAUGUCUCUGAUGCUCUAGUUUUGUUACUACUCUAUACAGACGGGUUUAAUGAUAGCUCUAGUGAUUAGGCAAUGGAUGUGUUAUAUAAAACUUCAUGUAAUUAAAAUAAAUGCACUUAAUUUUUCAGAUGAGCUAUCAGUGAAUAUUGCUUACUUCCCCAGCAAAAAAAAAGUUGAAGUGCAUUAAUGUUUUGUCUAAAAACCUUGCAAAAAUGCAUUUGUUAAAAUAUUAGAAUUUCAGAGUUGUUACAUUUAAAAGAAAUGUAAAGCAUGAGUCACCGUAACCACCUUCAUUGUUCUCAAAUACCAUUGCCAGUGUCCUAUAUUCCCUAUUUUGUUCGUUUUUGGCUC